AUGGCGGCAAAGGCCGACCUUCCCAUCAUGGCGCGGGGCCCCGCCCGCUCCGCCGCGGCAGUCGGCGGGAGCAGUUCCGGACGGGCCCGGCCCGAGGCGGGGCGGCGGCUGGAGCGCUGCCUGUCCCGGCUCCUGUUCUGGGCCAGCCUGGGGCUACUGCUCGUCUUCCUGGGCAUCCUCUGGGUGAAGAUGGGCAAGCCCUCGGCGCCGCAGGAGGCGGAGGACAACAUGAAAUUAUUGCCAGUGGACUGUGACAGUAAAACAGAUGAGUUCUGUCAGGCCAAGCAGAAGGCGGCCUUGCUGGAGCUGCUGCACGAACUGUACAACUUCCUGGCCAUCCAAGCUGGUAAUUUUGAAUGUGGAAAUCCGGAGAAGCUAAAAAGCAAAUGCAUUCCCGUAAUGGAUGCCCAGGAGUACCUAGCAAACGUGACCAGCAGCUCCUCCGCCAAGUUUGAAGCUGCACUGACCUGGAUACUGAGCAGCAACAAGGACGUGGGCAUCUGGUUGAAAGGGGAAGACCCGUCGGAAUUGGUGACGACUGUGGACAAGGUGGUAUGCCUGGAAUCCGCCCGCCCCCGCAUGGGCGUUGGCUGCCGCCUGAGCCGCGCCCUGUUCACUGCUGUCACCAACUUGCUCAUCUUCUUCUGGUGCUUGGCCUUUCUGUGGGGCCUCCUGAUCCUUCUCAAGUAUCGGUGGCGGAAGUCGGAAGAGGAAGAGCAAGCCAUGUAUGAGAUGGUGAAGAAGAUUAUAGACGUGGUCCAGGACCACUACGUGGACUGGGAGCAGGACAUGGAGCGCUACCCGUACGUGGGCAUCCUGCAUGUGCGCGACACCCUGAUCCCUCCGCAGAGCCGGAGGCGCAUGAAGCGGGUCUGGGACCGGGCUGUGGAGUUCCUGGCAUCCAACGAAUCCCGGAUCCAGACAGAGUCCCACCGUGUGGCUGGAGAGGAUAUGCUGGUGUGGAGAUGGACUAAGCCUUCUUCCUUCUCCGACUCAGAGCGAUAAAUCCCAGGCGGGGGCCUGUUCCCAGUCAGUCUGUCCCAGGCCAGUCCCCUCCAGGGGUGCGAGAAGGCCACCAGACCUGCCAGUGCUGGAUUCACACUUGCCUUGACUUUGACCCUCCUCCCGACUCUGGUUCCAAAGGUGUCUCUGUAAGACUUUGCGGAGAUUAGCUUGUAGGAAAGCGUGGGCUUCCUUGAAGGGCAGAGGGGGAAAGCCAGAGGCCUUGUCCUCUGCAUUGGUCCAAUCCUCUGCCCCGACUGCUGGCAGAAGAGGAGAGAAGGGUUUGUUUUCGACGGACAGAACAGAUGAAAGAGCAGCAGCUGUGCGACCCCGCAGAGCAAGUGUGCAGUUAGGUGGGCUGGAGCGCGUCCACCGCUGGCCAGCACUCCGCAGGGGGGCCGUCGUGCCUGUGGGAGGUGGGUCGGGAUGGCAGGCGGGGGCGGCAGGGGUUGGGGAGCAGUUUGGUCCAUGUGCCUUCAGAGGGUGUUACCUGGGAGCUCUAGGGUGAAGGAAGCUAGCUGGGUUGGGCCUCUUUUAUCCUGAAGGGGGAAGGUGCUAGAAAUUAGAACGAGUACUGUUAGAAGAAUUAUCUAGAAAUGCCAGGCCCUGGCACGCAGGACCCUUGGGUCAGGAGUGAGCUGCUGCUGGUGUGGCCUCCUGAGAGGAACCUGGAGCAGACACUGGGCCGAGAGGAGAGGAGGGGAGGGCUGCCCAGCGGCGGCCUCCCAGGCCUGGGGCUCAUUAGUUGUGCUUGUCACACAGUCGCAGUCCUAGACCAGACCUGCAGCCAGGCCACUGCAUUGCCGAGAAUGCGGAUUCCAGGACUGGGGAGUGUCACGCCUCCACUGUGCCAGGAGUCACCUUGUGUCUUGGCAACAACAGCAUCCCCACCCUGGGGCUGUUUAAGCUGGACUUCCCCCACAGACUAGGUUCACGGGGGCCAGGCGGGGCGCACCUGGGCCGCUCGGCUGCCCCCUGCCAGUCCCCGGGAGUGAGCCGGCUCCGACGCAGACCAGCGCGGCCCCCCCGCCAGCCCAUCAGCCGGUGUUCCGGGAGCCUGUCUCCACCAGCACGCUGCGGGGGGGCCUUAUUAAUUAAGUGCGAGGAACCUCUCCAGCAGGGCCUCAUCCCCAUGUUCUCGUGUGUGGCGGGCAGGAGAGGGGCAGGCCGAGGAGCCGAGUCAGCUGCCUCCAGAAGACACCAGCCACCCCUUUCGGUCUCACUGGUAGUUUUCGUUUCCUUAAUAAAGCUCCGGUCUCCCUCAUUUGAGCAAUACUCUCUCAUUUCCUCUGAUGUCUAGAUGAUCAGUGGGGCUGGACCCUGAGUGCCAGUCCCGUGGCCAAGAAGCGAUGUCUUAAUCAGGCUCCAGCCAGAAGAAUAAGUAACGCUGCAACAGGCUUCCAUAUCAGGGUUGAAACUGUUGGAUAAAUAAACUAUUUAUCAAGAA